AUGAUUCAUUUUCAACUAUAAAUCAAAUGUUAAUACGUCGUCAACCAAAACGUCCUAGGAAACGUCCCACUCAGCAAAAAACUAUUUGCGAAGCUGAAUGUUGGGCCGCUUUACUCGUGGUUGGAAUUCUUGUAUUAUUUUGCUUAACUUGUAUUAUACAUGAUUAUGUGGUACGAAAGCGAAAAAGAAAAAGGGAUGCCAUGAAGAAGGCUGCUAAAUUAGAAAGCGUAACAAUUAAUAAAGCAUUUUCGGAAAAACGAUCAAAUGUUGACGGUGACCAGGUGAUGUCUAGAGAUCAACAAAUGAGAAAUAUUAGAGAUGUAAUGAAAAAAUUGAAAGAAAGUCAAAAGAUAGA